AUGUUUGAUAGUUUCAACAACAAUAAAAACAACAACAACAACAACAACAAAAAUAAACGAAGGUCUUUUUUCCGGUUUGGCACUGAAAAUAAAAAUAACGACCUUGAAAACUCUGCUAGAAAGUCACCAGCGGCUCCUGCAAUGAAGAGUUCAGUGGACACUACACGAGCCUCCCAAGUUAAGACAGUUAUCCCCGUCGUACCGCCACGAAGUCCGAAUAGGAAUGUCCAUAGUAGGAAUCGUUCACUUCAGGCACCCUUAGAAAAAGGACCAUUAAAGAAUACUAAUCCAUUUUUGAACGCCGACUAUACCUCAAAAGAUACUCUUGAGUUAUCCCAAACUAAGGAGGUUCCAAUAAACGUUCCCAAAGGAAAUGGACUAUUGCUCAAAAACGACAUUAUCGGACAAAACCAAAAUCCAUUUGCAACAAGCACGAAUCCAAAUACAAAUUAUUCCAACAUUAAACGUUCGAGGCCUCCACCACCACCUGUGGAUAUGAAUUCAAUAACAACUUCAGUAGAUUACGCCACUACCAAGGAGGAUAUAGGCAGGUAUAACGACUCUGAACUAAGCGCCAUUGCACCAUUAUCUACCCACAAUCAGCAUAGGCGACAGCGGUCAGAAGCCGAAAAAUUAGUCGACGAUAUUGAAGAUUAUAUUAACGAACACAAGGAAAGUUCAGGCAGCUCAUUAUCCUUAAACACAACAGACGAUUCAGACGUUGAAAUAUCUCAGGAUGUGUUGCCGGUAGAUGCCAUUGCGGCUCCCAUUUCAAGAAACGUUAGUGUAGAAAGUCCUUUAAGUUAUGUGAAACCACUUAUUGUUGACACCGACGUAGUACAUGGAUCAAGUGACGCAAAGAUGGUACAAUUGGAUCAACUUACUCAAUUAUCUUCCAAUGCAGAUGAUGGAAAUGAUAGAUUUUCCUUCACUACUUCCGUUAGUGGAAAAUCCACCAAAAGUCUGCAACAAGUUGCUAAAGACGAAUCUAGUGGUUUCAAACCUGCACAUGUUGAUUUUGUAUAUCAGUCAAAUGAGCAACUUGGAAGUGAUGAAAGUAUCGGAAGCGCGAGGAGGCCUUUGAGGAUAACUAAUGAAGUUUAUAGCAAUUCUUCAGACGAAGUAGAACACGGUAAUUAUCAAGAAAACUAUUCAGGGGACCAUAAACUUGAUGUUUCAAUGAAUGAUGCGAAUGAAGAUGGGUUACUGACGAAAAAUGAUGUUCCUACGCAAGAGCGUGGGUCAUCAAGCCACCGCAGAGUUUUUCGGGUAGUUAAUGAGGAUCGUCCCAGUUUUUAUCUUAAUAGUACAAACGAUACAGGCAGCUUAAUCGAUAGACAUUCCCUUGACACUACAGUUUCCUCUGGUGAGUAUAAUAUUCCACUAAACGUCUCUAACUCCUCUGAACUUCCUAUAUCAAAAAGCUCUAAAUCAAGCGUUUUGGCUGCCCUUGAUUUGAGUGGAAAUACGAAAUCACCAGAUAAAACGUCUGAAUUAAAUAGCUUGAAUUCAAUCUCAGAAAGUUUCAGCAAGCACACCGCUUCCAUCGAGGAGGCAGUGGGUUUUCCAAAUCCUGCGCCAACUGCACCGAGUGAAAAAUCUGCGAAAGGCUCGAUGCUAACUUCUGUUGUAUCGAAUAAAUCAGAAAAAUCAGUGCCCUUGGUUUCAAGUUAUGUAGAAGAAUUGCGACUAAAAUAUUUCAAGACCUCUAACUUUUUGCAAGCUCCUCCUAACCUACCGGUGGCCCUGAAACAAAAGAACAAUUUAAUUCAACCGAAGAAUAUUAAGGUUAAGUUGAGAACAAGUUCCAAACAAAUCGGUAUCAAGCAUGGAAAGGUUAAGCAGAAGCUAUUAGCGUCGGAGACAAGAAACGAGGGCUCAAAUGAGAGGUUGAACGGUUCAGGACUAAAUAACAACAUCAACGUUGACCAUACUAAGGAGUUUCAUAAAUUGUUAGGAAAAGAAAACGAAGUUUGCUCUGUCUCAGGGGGAGAAGAGGUCUAUGAAGGCCAACCUGAGGACUAUCUCAAGGAUAUACCCGGUGACGAAGCAUACAACAGCGAUGAUAUUAUGGCACCUUUGAGAGAAAAAAGAGGACAAAUUGGUUCUGCCGACUCGGUUUCAAGAUCUGAUACUGUAGUCAGCUAUUACACUAGGUCUCAAAACAGAAUGAGAAGCGGGACGCUGGAUAAUGACUACGUGAACAGGCAGAAACUUCCUACCCAUAUCUCCCUUCAAGACUACCGCGACUCAAAUGCCAAAAGCGACGUAAUGCGUCAAGAUUCCGUUUCCACCACAAACUCAGACGCAGUCGAUCUCGACUAUUCUCUGGGUCGUGGCCUGCGUGUGGCAAAUCCAGAUUCUGACCUAGAGUAA